UCUGUUUUCUUAAACUAAAAGACAGAAACUUAAAGUUUCAUAAAAUGGAGCAGUUAGUGGCUUCAUCUAGGAGAGAAACAGACAAUCUUAAAGGCUACAGGAUGAAAGAGAGACAGGAAGUUAAUCACAGCAAAACAUCACAGACCCGGUGUUGCUUUAAUGCAGAGUAAAAAAAUGAGGGAACCUAAAGUUAAAAGCUGAAAUAACAGCAAAUAAUGGAAAAUUGGAGAGUAGUAGGAGAACGCAGCAUGCCUCCAGAGGUAGCUCAGGAUAGCCAGUUUUAUACUGUAGCUAUGUGGAGGUAGAGAUAACCAGUUCUUCACCUCACAUUAGAGGUCAUAAUGUUAUGCCUGAUUCGUGUAUAUUAAAUUCUAAUGACGUCAGAUCUUUAAAACUGUCCAGCAGAGCUUUGACCUCUAGAGGGCGCUCUGUGUUUACAGCUGUGGACUGCAGUAAAGCCUGUGGCGCCGGCAGGGGGCGGUAACGAGACAGACCCUCUGAAACCGGAAGUGAGCCGUCCUUUUGUUGCGCGGUGGUUUAGCCGUGAACAUGUCCGGCAUGUCUUCGGUCCAGCAUCUCAGAGAGUUCAUCAGCGAGCGGCUGGCUGCCGCCGCGGAGGAAAUCUUCUCGGUCUUCCAGAGAACCGUCGCCCAGUACGAGGAGGAGCUGGACCGCCAGCGCAGGCUGCUGGACGGCGCCUGGAGACCGGACAGCGGCUUCCAGGCAGCAGAUUUCCCUCGGUGUUCUGUCAGGACGAAGCAGAUCCCUGCUGAGCUGCAGCUCCAGAACCAGCAGGACUCCAGUUUGGACCAUCCACAGAUCAAAGAGGAGCAGGAGGAUGUGUGGAGCGCUCCGGGGGACGGACAGGUGGUCCUGAAGCAGGAGGCCGACGUCCUGAUGGUGGCGCCGUCGCUCCAGGACGGAAACCUCAGCGAACCGGAAUCAGACCGGAUCCAACAGGAGAGACCAAAUCGGGAUGGAGGCUGGACCGACGAAUCCGGGCCGGACAGAGACACGGAGCUGAAGGACAGCCGGGACAGGACCCUGAUGGACAACUGUCCCCUGUUGGAGAGUAAAAGAGACAGAAGAGACGGAAAAACCUCGGAGAACUCAGGAAGCACGACUCACUACAGAAUCCACACAGACUUUCCAAAGCAUUUUCUCCGGAAGGAGGCGAAUAUUCCUGUUGGCCAGGCAGGGAACUCCAGUCUGGACCAGGAGCAACCGGAAGCUCCUGAGAUUAAAGAGGAGCAGGAAGACGUCUGCGUUCGUGAUGAAGAUGAACUGGUGGUGAAACAGGAGGUGGAUAGCUUCCUAGUGACGUCUGAUUAUGAGGAAACUGACCACAGUGAGUCAGAACCAAACCAGAACGCCUCCCAUGCAGCCGAGAGGCAGCAUCAGGAAGGAAACUUGGACAAGGACUCGGGAUCCAGCCAGAAUCUGACAAGUCAAAGUAACGCAGCAGACGUUCUCCCUCCAUUCGAUAGUGUCUGUAAUUCUGACUCUGGUAAUAAAUCGACAAAAUGUUCUGUCUGUGGGAAAACCUUCAGCAGCAACUUCAAAAUGCGGAAACAUUACAGAAUCCACACGGGAGAGAAACCGUAUUCCUGUAAGAUCUGCAGGAAAGCUUUCCGGGAGAGCAAGUACCUGUCGGUCCACAUGAGAACUCACACUGGGGAGAAGCCAUAUUCAUGUGAAACCUGUGGGAAAAGCUUCAGUCAGAACAGCCAUUUGAGUUCCCACAAGAGAACCCACACAGGGGAGAAGCCGCACCCCUGCAGCACCUGUGGGAGGAGGUUUGCCGAAGCAUCGGCGCUCAGAAACCACAUGCUCACCCACACCGGAGAAAAACCUUUUUCCUGCCAUAUUUGUGGGAAAAUCCUACGGUACAGCAGCAGCUUGUCGGCUCACAUGAAGAUCCACACUGGAGAGAAGCCGUUUGUGUGCAAGACCUGCGGGAAAUGCUUCAGCCACAACAGCAGCCUGAUUUCCCACAUGAGGAUCCACACUGGAGAGAAGUCGUACCAAUGCACGACAUGCGGCCGCUGCUUCAGCCACAGCACCACGCUGCUGCGCCACACCCGCAGCCACACCGGGGAGCGCCCGUACUCCUGCGCUACCUGUGGGAAGUGUUUCAACAGCAGCAGCCACCUGAGCGUCCACAUGACCACCCACACCCGGGAAAAGCUGUACUCCUGCACUAUGUGCAGCAAGCGCUUCAGCCACGGUAGCAACCUGGUGCGCCACAUGCGGACGCACACCGGCGAGCGGCCCUACUCCUGCCAGGCCUGCAGCAAACGCUUCAAAAGCAGCACUCACCUGUCGCGACACAUGAAGACUCACAGGAAGGGUCGCAGUCCGGAGGUGGAGAUAGUCCUGGAGGACGGCGGCGCUCCGGCCGCUCAGAGCUGUUGGUUAGCCGUGAACAUGUCCGGCAUGUCUUCGGUCCAGCAUCUCAGAGAGUUCAUCAGCGAGCGGCUGGCUGCCGCCGCGGAGGAAAUCUUCUCGGUCUUCCAGAGAACCGUCGCCCAGUACGAGGAGGAGCUGGACCGCCAGCGCAGGCUGCUGGACGGCGCCUGGAGACCGGAGGUUCGGCUGGACCGGACGGAACUUCCUGUUCAGUUCCUGAGGAAGGAGGAAGAGGAAGUUCCUGCUGACCAACAGGUCUGGAAGUCCAGUCCGGACCGGGAGGAACCAGAACCUUCCCGGGUCAAAGAGGAAGAUGAUGCUCUCUGCUUCGCCCGUGAUGAAGAGCCGCCGGUUCUGAAGCCGGACGCUGAUAUCACCAUGGUAACGUCUGCUGAUAGCGAGCCAGAACCCAGCAGGGACCGGAGCGUGUCCGAGUCGGAGACCCGAGGCCCGGCGGGAAGCUGGAGCGAUGACUCGGACUCGGCCAGAGAUCGGACUGGGUUCUGGAGCAGCCGGCAGGAAGGUCAGGACCCAGACGCUCUGACUCCAAACAGCGGCCUGCUCGGCGCUGCAGCCGCCGGGGUCAGAGGUCAGGAUGGAAGUUGGAUCAAGAAGGAGCUGGAGCCGAAGAGGAGACGGGUCAGGAAGAGGAGCAGCGGUUCCGGCCUGGUUCCCGGUGGACUGGGGCUGCGGCCCGUUUCCUGCGACGUCUGCGGGAAAGCCUUCAGGUGCAACUCGGAGAUGCGGGUCCACUUGCGCGUUCAUACGGGCGAGAAACCGUUCUCCUGCGACGUCUGCCAGAGGGCGUUUAGCUUCAAGGUCAACCUGUCCGUCCACAUGAGGACGCACACGGGAGAGAAACCGUACGCCUGCCAGUUUUGCGAGAAACGCUUCUCGGAUCACUCAUCGCUCCGGAAGCACACCAACGUUCACACAGGAGAGAGGCCGUACUCCUGCGCCGUCUGCGGAAAGCGCUUCAGCCGCAGCAGCCACAUGUGGCGGCACGUCAGGGUCCACACCGCAGAGGCUCCGCCCACCUGCUGGAACCUUCGUAUUCUCACGUUUCCGACAGCUGCGGUGAGUUUAGCCGUGAACAUGUCCGGCAUGUCUUCGGUCCAGCAUCUCAGAGAGUUCAUCAGCGAGCGGCUGGCUGCCGCCGCGGAGGAAAUCUUCUCGGUCUUCCAGAGAACCGUCGCCCAGUACGAGGAGGAGCUGGACCGCCAGCGCAGGCUGCUGGACGGCGCCUGGAGACCGGACAGCGGCUUCCAGAGAGCAGACCUGCUGCGACAGUACCUGUGCAAGAAGCCGGAGAUUCCUGCCGCACCGCAGCUUUUGCACCAGCAGGGGGCGUCGGCGCUGACCCGGCAGCAGCCAGAACCUCCGGAGGGAGCAGAGAGUUUCCUCCCCAGAGCUGAACGGAGGAGCCUGGAGGAGCCGCUGGUUCUGAAGCAGGAGGCGACUCACCCAGACGGACGCCGCAGGGCUCCAGAACCGAAACGGAACAAGUUUCCUCUGGAAGGAAGAGAGCAGACCAGAACCAGGAACCCGACCGGCAGCAGAGAGAGCGGCUCCACCUCAGAGAACCGAGACCAAACCCAGAAAUCAGAACCAACCUUCCAGCAGAACGCAGAAACAGAUGCUCCACAGCGUUGUGUCUCCCUGGAGGCGGAGCCUCCUGCAGACCAGAAGGAGCAGCAGGAAGCAGAACCUUCACAGAUUAAAGAGGAGCAGGACGAGCAGCUGAUGCUGAAGGAGGAGAUCGACUCCUUCACCGUGACGUCGGCUUAUGAGGAAAGCGACGGAAGUGAAGCUGAAGGAAACGGCGAGCAGAACGUUUUCCUCGGCUUCCAGGAGGGAAACUGGGAGCAAGAGUCUGGAUCAGCAAGCAGCGCCGACCCGAUGCCACGUCCUAAACUCAUGAGUUACAGUUACAACCUGAGCGCUGAGAGUCCGAGCAACGCGGGGACCAGCGACGGACCCUCAGGAUGUCAGCUCUGUGGGAAAAACUUUGGCAGCGACGCAGAAUUAAAGGAACAUUUUAAAAUCCACGUGGUGGAGAAGCCAUUUUCCUGCAACGUGUGUGGAAAAGCUUUCAAAUACAACAUCAAGCUGCUGAUCCACAUGAGGACGCACACUGGGGAGAAACCAUUUUCCUGCGAAAUCUGCGGCAAAGGUUUCAGCCAGAAGGUCAAUCUGAACGUCCACAUGAGGACGCACACGGGCGAGAAGCCGUAUCUCUGCAAGACCUGUGGAAAGAGGUUCUCUGACCAGUCUGGCUUUAAACGCCACAUGACCAUCCACACGGGCGAGAGGCCCUACAUCUGCAAAACCUGCAACAAAGCCUUCAGGUACAGCGUCCACCUCAUGGUCCACAUGCGAACGCACACGGACGAGCGGCCGUACUUCUGUAAAACCUGCGGCAGAACCUUCUCCGACCCAUCCACACUCCGGAAGCACACCAUGACCCACACGGGUGAGAGAUCCUACUCCUGCCAGACCUGCGGGAAGUGCUUCAGCGACAACAGCAACCUGCUGCGGCACAUGAGGACGCACACGGGUGAGAAGCCGUAUUCCUGCGAGAUCUGCAGCAAAAGCUUCAGCCAGAGCAGCAACUUGAUGCAGCACAUCCGCACCCACACGGGCGAGCGACCGUACCCCUGCGGCAUCUGUGACAAGAGCUACAGCCACAGCUGCACGCUGCUCAAACACAUGAGGAGCCAUUCGGGCGAGAAGCCAUACUCCUGCCAGCUCUGCGGCAGAUGUUUCAGUCACAAAUGCACGCUGCUGAAGCACAUGAAGAUCCACACAGACAGCGGUGCUGUGCAGUCCUGAAAGCCCUGAAAGCAUCACGUCAGGAGGCGAGCUGGUCGGCUAGUCCGCUCACAUCCUUUAAAUGUUCCUAUUCUAGUUUUUCUUCAUUUGUUCUUCAUCUUCUCUUUUCAUAACUGAACUUUAUCAUCUCUGGGAGAAAAACUGAAAUGAUUUGUUGAUUUUCUGUGGAGCUGCAAACGGAACAAAACAUGUUCAAAAGAAGAAAAACCGACGACAUAAAUGCUGGUUCUCCUCACCGCCAGCACCAACAUCACGCAUACGCAGAAAAAUAUUAAUAAUAUUUGUAUAUUGCAAAUUUUACAAUGUUUUUUGAAGUCUGAGGAUUCCGAAGGACAUGCAGUGAUUCACCACUGAUGGUUACAGACUGACAGGGGUAAGGAUGCCCACCAGGCCCAAAACAGACAGAGCGGAGUCUGAACCCGCAGCCCAGCAGUUACAGGACGAACGGCUGGAACUGCUGGGCGUUACAGGCGCCCAGCGUCAGCAGCAGAGAGUCAGGAACAGAACAAACAUUUAGUUAUGAGAAUAAAUUCACAAAAUUACUAGAACAAAGUCGUAGUAUUACAAGAAUAAAGCCAUAAUAAUAUGAGAAUAAUGUUGUAAUUUACCUAAUUAAA